UUCCAGAAGUGAUUUCCACAAAUACUGAUGAACAUUAUCAUCAGCAAGAAGAACAAAAUAUUUAUCCAAUUCCAAAGGUUGUUUUCCCUAAUACUGACAAAUAUCAUCAUCAACAACAAAGUAGUUAUUCAGCUCCAAUUGCUUUUCCUAGUACUGAUGAACAACAAAAUAUUUAUCCUGCGCCCUUUUUUCAAUUAAAUCAAUUUCCAAAUCAACAUCAGCAACAGCAUGUUUUUGAACAUAAAAAUAUUUGUUUAAAAAAUAAAGAAAAUAAAGAUAGUCAAUGGAGUGACAGAGAAGUAGAAAUUUUAAUUGCCUAUCUGGAUGAAAAUUAUAAGAAUUGGUCCUCUGGUAAUAAAAACAAAUUUUAUCAAGCUUUGAUUGAUAAAAAUUUAUUGGCUGGUAAAAAUAAUGAGCAAAUAAAAAAUAAGUUGAAUAAAUUACGUAAUUCAUAUUUAAAAGAAAAAAAAUCAGCUAAUAAGACUGGAUCAGCACCAACUAAAUGGAAAUGGUUUGACAAAUUAGAUGAAAUAUUUGGUACAAGAGAGAAUAUAACGAAGAAGUUGAGGAAAUAA